AUGUCCUCCUUUCACCGAUCGACGCACGAGGUCGACAGGACGUGGCACUCCAGGACGCUGGGGUACGAUCGGGGCGGCGUCCUCCUCAGCCACGACGCAAAGCGGCAGGAUCCACCCCCGCUCCCGCCUCCGAGCGCAGUCAGCCUCGCAUUCACGGGCGAGCCGGCACCGCCGGACCCCAAGCUGCUUGGCGGCCACCGAGCGCAGAGCGAGGUUGCGCUUCGGGCGCGCCGACAAGGCAGCGAUAUGGACCUGGCGAUGCACGGCCGCCGCAAGGCUGCGUCGCAGGGGCGCGUGUCGGACCCACUAGCUCUUGCCGUCGCAGAUGUUGCGGCUGCUAGCGCCGCAGGUGUCGUGAGGAGUGGGAUUGGCGGCGGGGAGGGGACGGGCGGCAUCGAGGCGGAGGACGUGGCGAUGCAAGCGGCGUACAGCGAUCUGAUGAGCGCGAUUGACGCCGCGGGAGGCGAGUGCUUGGAGCCGGAAUACGUGUUCAGAUUGCUCGCCAUGCAUCAUCUGAAGCCACACUCGGUCGAGGGUGCAGCCGAGCUCAUCGAUGCGAUACAUGCGCGCGGCUCCAAGCUACCCCCUAUCGAAUUUGCCCGCUGCAUGCGGCCGGCGGCCUGA